UGCUGCCACGCCACCCAGCCGGGGCACGUUCAGGGAGGGCGCCGGGGCACGCGAGUGUCUAAGCUGCCUUUCUCCUCCGGUUGCUAGGGAAAUGGUCCAGGAGUGCCGGCUGUGAGCUUCCCCUCUCGUCAAGCCUGAGACUGCGGUUGUCAUUGAUCAACUGAAGAAGCAGGACCCGAAAUUACAGACAUUAGCAAUGAUGUGUGAAGUGAUGCCCACGAUUAAUGAGGACACCCCAAUGAGCCAAAGGGGGUCCCAAAGCAGUGGCUCAGACUCAGACUCCCAUUUUGAGCAGCUGAUGGUGAAUAUGCUAGAUGAAAGGGACCGUCUUCUAGACACCCUUCGGGAGACCCAAGAAAGCCUCUCACUUGCCCAGCAAAGACUGCAGGAUGUCAUCUAUGACAGAGAUUCGCUCCAGAGACAGCUCAAUUCAGCCCUGCCACAGGAUAUCGAAUCCCUAACAGGAGGGCUGACUGGUUCUAAGGGGGCUGAUCCACCGGAAUUUGCUGCACUGACAAAAGAACUCAAUGCUUGUAGGGAACAACUUCUAGAAAAGGAAGAAGAAAUUUCUGAACUGAAAGCUGAAAGAAACAACACAAGACUGUUACUGGAGCACUUGGAAUGCCUGGUGUCACGACAUGAAAGGUCGCUAAGAAUGACGGUGGUAAAACGGCAAGCCCAGUCCCCCUCGGGAGUGUCCAGUGAAGUCGAGGUUCUCAAGGCACUGAAAUCUUUGUUUGAGCACCACAAGGCCUUGGAUGAAAAGGUAAGGGAGCGACUGAGGGUUUCUUUAGAAAGAGUCUCUGCACUGGAAGAAGAACUAGCUGCUGCUAAUCAGGAGAUUGUUGCCUUGCGUGAACAAAAUGUUCAUAUACAAAGAAAAAUGGCAUCAAGUGAGGGGUCCACAGAAUCAGAACACCUUGAAGGGAUGGAACCUGGUCAGAAAGUCCAUGAAAAGCGUUUGUCCAACGGUUCUAUAGACUCAACUGAUGAAACUAGCCAAAUAGUCGAACUACAAGAAUUGCUUGAAAAGCAAAACUAUGAAAUGGCUCAAAUGAAGGAACGUUUAGCAGCACUCUCUUCCCGAGUGGGAGAGGUGGAACAGGAAGCAGAGACAGCAAGAAAGGAUCUCAUUAAAACAGAAGAAAUGAACACUAAAUAUCAAAGGGACAUUAGGGAGGCCAUGGCACAGAAGGAAGAUAUGGAAGAAAGAAUCACAACCCUUGAGAAACGUUACCUCAGUGCUCAGAGAGAAUCUACCUCCAUACAUGACAUGAAUGAUAAAUUAGAAAAUGAGUUAGCAAAUAAAGAGGCCAUCCUACGGCAGAUGGAAGAGAAGAACAGGCAGUUACAAGAGCGUCUUGAGCUGGCUGAGCAAAAGUUGCAGCAGACUAUGAGGAAAGCUGAGACCUUACCUGAAGUAGAGGCUGAACUGGCUCAGAGAAUUGCAGCUCUGACAAAGGCUGAAGAGAGACAUGGAAACAUUGAAGAACGCAUGAGACAUCUAGAAGGUCAACUUGAAGAGAAAAAUCAAGAACUUCAAAGAGCUAGGCAAAGAGAGAAAAUGAAUGAGGAGCACAACAAAAGAUUAUCUGAUACGGUGGACAGACUUCUGACUGAAUCUAAUGAACGCUUACAACUACAUUUAAAGGAAAGAAUGGCUGCCCUAGAGGAGAAGAAUGUUUUAAUUCAAGAAUCAGAAACUUUCAGAAAGAAUCUGGAAGAAUCUUUACAUGACAAGGAAAGAUUAGCAGAAGAAAUUGAAAAGCUGAGAUCUGAACUUGACCAAUUGAAAAUGAGAACUGGCUCUUUAAUUGAACCCACAAUAUCAAGAACUCAUCUAGACACCUCAGCUGAGUUGCGGUAUUCUGUUGGAUCCCUAGUGGACAGCCAGACUGAUUACAGAACAACUAAAGUAAUAAGAAGACCCAGGAGAGGCCGCAUGGGUGUACGACGAGAUGAGCCAAAGGUGAAAUCUCUUGGGGAUCAUGAGUGGAAUAGAACUCAGCAAAUUGGAGUGCUAAGCAGCCACCCUUUUGAAAGUGACACUGAAAUGUCUGAUAUUGAUGAUGAUGACCGAGAAACUAUUUUUAGCUCAAUGGAUCUUCUCUCACCAAGUGGUCAUUCUGAUGCCCAGACUCUAGCCAUGAUGCUUCAAGAACAGUUGGAUGCCAUCAACAAAGAAAUCAGGCUAAUUCAGGAAGAAAAAGAAUCUACAGAGUUACGUGCUGAAGAAAUUGAGAAUAGGGUGGCUAGUGUGAGCCUGGAAGGCCUGAAUUUAGCAAGGGUCCACCCAGGUACCUCUAUCACUGCCUCGGUUACAGCUUCUUCGCUGGCCAGUUCAUCUCCCCCCAGUGGACACUCAACGCCAAAGCUUACCCCGCGAAGCCCUGCCAGGGAAAUGGAUCGGAUGGGAGUCAUGACACUGCCAAGUGAUCUAAGGAAACAUCGGAGAAAGAUUGCAGUGGUGGAAGAAGAUGGUCGGGAGGAUAAAGCAACUAUAAAAUGUGAAACUUCUCCUCCCCCUACCCCUAGAGCCAUCAGGAUGACUCACACCCUUCCCUCCUCCUACCACAAUGAUGCCCGAAGUAGUUUAUCUGCCUCCCUUGAGCCAGAAAGCCUUGGGCUUGGCAGUUCCAAUAGCAGCCAAGACUCUCUUCACAAAGCCCCCAAGAAGAAAGGAAUCAAGUCUUCAAUAGGACGUCUGUUUGGUAAAAAGGAAAAAGCCCGACUCGGGCAGCUCCGAGGCUUUAUGGAGACUGAAGCUGCUGCUCAGGAGUCCCUGGGGUUAGGCAAACUUGGAACUCAAGCUGAGAAGGAUAGAAGACUGAAGAAAAAGCAUGAACUUCUAGAAGAAGCUCGGAGGAAGGGAUUACCUUUUGCUCAGUGGGAUGGGCCCACUGUCGUUGCAUGGCUGGAGCUCUGGUUGGGAAUGCCCGCUUGGUAUGUAGCAGCCUGCCGAGCCAACGUGAAAAGUGGUGCCAUCAUGUCUGCUUUAUCAGACACUGAGAUCCAGAGAGAAAUUGGAAUCAGCAAUCCCCUGCAUCGCUUAAAGCUGCGAUUAGCAAUCCAGGAGAUGGUUUCCCUAACGAGUCCUUCAGCUCCUCCGACAUCCCGAACUCCUUCAGGCAACGUUUGGGUCACCCAUGAAGAAAUGGAAAAUCUCGCCGCUCCAGCGAAAACGAAAGAAUCUGAGGAAGGAAGCUGGGCCCAGUGUCCGGUUUUUCUGCAGACUCUGGCAUAUGGAGAUAUGAACCACGAGUGGAUUGGAAACGAAUGGCUUCCCAGCCUGGGGUUACCUCAAUACAGAAGUUAUUUUAUGGAAUGCUUGGUAGAUGCAAGAAUGUUAGAUCACCUAACAAAAAAAGAUCUCCGUGUCCAUUUAAAAAUGGUGGAUAGUUUCCAUCGAACAAGUUUACAAUAUGGAAUUAUGUGUUUAAAGAGGUUAAAUUAUGACAGAAAAGAACUAGAAAGAAGACGAGAAGCAAGCCAACAUGAAAUAAAGGAUGUGUUGGUGUGGAGCAACGAUCGAGUGAUUCGCUGGAUACAAGCAAUUGGACUUCGAGAAUAUGCAAAUAAUAUUCUUGAGAGUGGUGUGCACGGCUCACUGAUAGCCUUGGAUGAGAACUUUGACUACAGCAGCUUAGCUUUGUUACUACAGAUUCCAACACAGAACACCCAGGCAAGGCAGAUUCUUGAAAGGGAAUACAAUAACCUCCUGGCUCUGGGAACUGAACGGCGGCUGGAUGAAAGUGAUGAUAAGAAUUUCAGGCGUGGGUCAACAUGGAGAAGACAGUUUCCUCCCCGUGAAGUACACGGAAUCAGCAUGAUGCCUGGGUCCUCAGAAACGUUACCAGCUGGAUUUAGGUUAACCACAACAUCUGGGCAGUCGAGGAAAAUGACAACGGAUGUUGCCUCAUCAAGACUGCAGAGGUUAGACAACUCCACUGUUCGCACAUACUCAUGUUGACAAGCCACUCAAAGGAGGCAGCACUGACUUGCUAUGUCGUCUUUUCAGCCUACUCUACCUAAAGUGCACUACCAUCUAUGAAGACAAACAGUAAAA